GGAAACAAAACAAGCCACGUACAUUCAAUUGUUGCAGAUACAAGAGUAGAAAGAGGGAGAGGGGUUGUGAGGAAGUUCAUCCAAUCCCAAUUCCCAAACACCAUGGGCAAGGAACAAUUAGAGGUGCUGAGUGCCCUGGACGUCGCCAAAACCCAAUGGUACCAUUUUACGGCGAUCGUGAUCGCCGGCAUGGGCUUCUUCACCGACGCUUACGACCUCUUCUGCAUUUCCCUCGUCACCAAAAUGCUCGGCCGCAUCUAUUACCACGUCAACGGAGCGGCCAAGCCCGGCAUCCUGCCUCCCAAUGUGUCCGCCGCCGUCAACGGUGUCGCCUUCUGUGGCACCCUCUCGGGGCAGCUCUUCUUUGGCUGGCUUGGAGACAAAAUGGGGCGGAAGAAGGUUUAUGGCAUGACCCUUAUGCUCAUGGUGAUUUGCUCCGUCGCCUCUGGUCUCUCCUUCGGAAGGGACCCCAAAACCGUGAUGACUAGCCUCUGCUUCUUCCGCUUCUGGCUUGGGUUUGGCAUCGGCGGCGACUACCCUCUUUCCGCUACCAUCAUGUCGGAGUACGCCAACAAGAAGACUCGCGGGGCGUUCAUCGCUGCGGUCUUCGCAAUGCAAGGCUUUGGGAUCAUGGCCGGCGGAGUGUUCGCCAUUUUAAUCUCGGCAGCAUUUAAGGCCCGGUUCCCUGCCCCGGCAUAUGAGGUCGAUGCGGCGGCGUCCACCGUCCCGCAGGCGGACUAUGUUUGGCGCAUAAUUGUGAUGAUGGGAGCCCUCCCGGCUGCGCUCACUUACUACUGGCGGAUGAAGAUGCCCGAAACUGCUCGGUACACCGCCCUCGUCGCCAAGAACGCGAAGCAGGCUGCGUCCGAUAUGUCGAAGGUUUUGCAGGUGGAGAUCGAGGCACAGUCCCACAAGGUGGAGAACGCAGCCGACAAGCAAGCCAAUGCCUACGGAUUGCUGUCCAAGAAGUUCCUUUGCCGACAUGGCAUGCACUUGCUGGGAACUACAAGCACCUGGUUCUUGCUGGACAUUGCAUUUUACAGUCAAAACCUGUUCCAGAAAGACAUUUUCAGCGCAAUUGGAUGGAUCCCUUCGGCGAGCACGAUGAAUGCGAUUGAGGAGGUUUAUAGAAUUGCAAGGGCACAGACCCUUAUCGCUCUAUGCAGUACUGUCCCUGGUUACUGGUUCACGGUUGCUUUCAUAGACAAAAUUGGAAGGUUUGCCAUCCAGUUGAUGGGAUUCUUCUUCAUGACGGUUUUCAUGUUUGCAUUGGCAAUUCCCUAUGAUCAUUGGACUCACAAGGACCACAGAAUUGGGUUUGUGAUAAUGUACUCACUGACUUUCUUCUUCGCGAACUUUGGACCCAAUGCCACAACAUUUGUGGUGCCAGCGGAGAUUUUCCCGGCGAGGCUGCGUUCCACUUGCCACGGGUUGUCGGCGGCGUCCGGGAAGGCGGGAGCAAUGGUGGGUGCAUUUGGGUUCCUGUACUUGGCACAGAACCAGGACAAGGCCAAAGCGGAUGCUGGGUACCCUGCAGGAAUUGGGGUGAGGAAUUCACUAAUUGUGUUGGGUGUGAUCAAUUUUAUGGGCAUGUUGUUCACUUUCUUGGUGCCAGAGCCGAAUGGAAGAUCCUUGGAGGAGAUUUCAGGUGAGCAAGAGGAGGAUGAAGGUGCUGGGGUGGAGUUGGGGAGUUCAUCUCACAAUAGGACAGCCCCUGUUUUCUAAGUUUGGUUGCAGAGCAGAGCAGAUUCAAUCUUUAAGGCCCACGUUCAAUUCUCUACAAGAAAGAUCUAAUGUCUGUUUUUUUGUUGUUUUUCUUUUUGUUUUAUAUCGUACCUGUCGUAGUUUCUUUUGAGUAUCCUUGUAUUUGCUCUGGAUUUGAUGAACGUAAGAGCCAUUUUUAGGUUGUUUCAUUUCAUUCUCUGCUGUUUCCUCUGCAGAUGAGGCCACUGAAAUGUAUAAUGAUUAAAUUUUAAUACGUAUAUAUUGCAGCGUCUGGUUUUAUUGA